AGUAUCCAUGGAAAUAGGCAGGCAUGAUCAAAGCUUUGGGCAUGAUGUAUGAUGUUGGCGUAGGACAUGGCAUUUGUAUGAAUCGUAAAAAAAACUAUUUAGCAUCCAUCUGAUUACCUCGAAGUACAUCUGACCAAUGGAUCAAUACAGUAUAUUAGGUAGAAUUGGAGAAGGAGCUCAUGGCAUCGUUUUCAAAGCGAAACAUAUCGAGACUGGGGAAACGGUGGCUUUGAAAAAAGUUGCCUUAAGGAAGCUUGAGGAUGGGAUUCCUAACCAAGCACUUAGAGAAAUCAAAGCACUUCAAGAGAUAGAGGACAAUCAAUAUGUCGUGAAGCUGAAAGAUGUCUUCCCUCACGGCACAGGCUUCGUUCUUGUGUUUGAGUACAUGCUGUCAGACCUGUCAGAAGUCAUCCGAAACUCGGAGAGGCCUUUGACUGAAUCGCAGGUCAAAGGUUACAUGAUGAUGUUACUGAAAGGGGUGGCCUUCUGUCAUGAAAACUCCAUCAUGCACCGUGAUCUAAAACCAGCCAACCUAUUGAUAAGCUCCACCGGCCAUCUCAAGAUAGCUGAUUUCGGUCUGGCCAGACUUUUCUCCAAUGAGGGAGAAAGGCUUUACAGUCAUCAAGUGGCCACCAGGUGGUACCGUGCACCCGAACUUCUUUAUGGUGCCAGAAAAUAUGAUGAAGGUGUGGACCUAUGGGCAGUUGGCUGCAUUUUUGGGGAACUUCUGAACAACUCCCCUUUGUUUCCUGGAGAAAAUGACAUCGAGCAGCUUUGCUGUGUUCUGCGGGUGCUUGGAACCCCCAAUCAGCGUGUGUGGCCGGAGAUCAAUGAGUUACCAGACUACAGCAAGAUCACCUUCAAGGAGAACCCUCCCAUCCCUCUGGAGGAGAUUGUUCCAGACACCUCCCCUCAGGCCGUUGACCUGCUCAAGAAGUUCCUGGUCUAUCCAUCAAAGCAGAGAAUCAGCGCAAGACAGGCCUUGCUGCAUCCCUACUUCUUCACAGACCCCCUGCCCGCCCAUCAUUCAGAGCUACCCAUUCCCCAGCGUGGGGGGAAGCACUCCCGCCAGCGUCUCCAGCCCCCGCACGAGUUCUCUGUAGAUCGACCCCUCCACGAAAGCUUGGUAGAUCCCGCCCUCCUUCAGGGAUAUGCACAAUAAUUGAUAUGAUGAUCGCAAUGUGAAUUUUAUUUAUUAUUUCCUUUUUGUUGGUCAUGUGGAUGUAUUUACUAUCAUUCAUGUAAUAAUGUAUCUGAGUGUACAAAAUAGUUCAGUCCCUUGGUUACUUUUCAUAUGUGGUCCAUACUCUCAGUGAACAAACUCUUUUUGUUAAUUGACAAAUACAUUUCAGGAUGGGAGUCCAACAGGGGUGGAGUGGUGUGUGGUGUAACUGGAAAGUAUCACACUAGUAGAGCAGCCCUCCCACUUGUGCUAUGGGGGCAUGUGUUUGAACUAGAGAUAAGAGGAGGUGGUUUUGGAUGGGAGAGGAUGAAUCGGGUGGUGUACAGUGGAGAUAAGGCUCUUUCAUGGAAGUUUCCCUCAGGUUAACAGCCACCCUGUUGCCUAAGAAACUCAAGAUAACAUUUUUGACUUAGAAAAAUUGUGUAUUUUGUGAAUGUGUGAUUUGUAAAUAUGGUUGAAAAUUAUCAGAUUGUAAAUAUGUGUAAAAAAAAAUAGAGUAAAUGUACAGAAAACUUUUCCUUAAACAUUAAAUCCAAAUUUGGUUUUGUAAUUUUGUAA